UAGAUAUGUGGCCAUUACCGUUAUUCAUGUUGACAACUGUCACGGCGAUAGUUGGUACCUCGAAGAUUCUAUUCAUCCCCGACCCAUGUGUCAGCCACAUGAACCUCUUCACCAUCCUCGGAGAGGCGCUGAAGGACGAUGGGCACGAGGUUUGGAUGAUAUCCAACGACAAAAAUAAUAAAACAAUCAGCGACAGAGGCAUUGUUCCCCUGACAUACGCGUGGAAGCGCGAGAAUGAUCUUUUCACGGAACUUGACGAAUUGUCAGCUGGAGGCGUAGACCUUGAGCAGGCAUGGGCUUUACUGGAGACCGAUCCGUGGAAAAUGGCAACCAGUCGGAUAUGUGAGGCCAUCAUGCAAAACAGUGUCAUCAUGUCGACCAUUCGGCGACAGAAAUUCGACUUGGUUGUCGUCGAUGGGGCGGAUGAACUCGUGUGUCAUCUGAUGAUACCGUACAUUUUCGACAUCCCGUUUGUCCCCGUGAUGUGCUUUCAAGCGUCUACAUGGGGACACGGGACAACUGGAAUGCCAUCAAUCGAACCUGAGAUCUUCACCGCAUUCUCCAACCGCAUGGACUUCUGGCAAAGGUUAGAAAACGCUAAAGCUUGGUUUAAAAAGUACUACAACGCCUACUAUCAAAUGCACGCUUUCCAUAUGGAUAAAUACUGUCCAAAAAACAAACCAAAAAUCUCUAUGAAGAAGCUUGUCGGGAUGGCAGAGAUGUAUUUUCUAAAUUAUGAGGUCUUGUGCUUGGAUUAUCCUCGGGUGUCCGGGCCUAAUUUACAGUUUUUAGGCGCCACUACUGGCAAGCCUGUUAAACCUUUACCCCGGGAUUUAGAAGCGUACGUGGCCGGGGCUGAGCAUGGCGUGGUGCUGAUUAGUUUUGGCUCAAAACAAGCAUCACAUCAGGUUUGGAAUGUCAUUGGUGAGAAAAUGUUCGACGCCUUGGGUCGUCUUCCCCAGCGGGCGAUUGUUCAGUAUCGGCUUGAUGGGAUGACGGGGACGAUUCCGGACAACGUCAAACUCCUACAGUGGCUUCCUCAGAAUGAUAUCCUCGGUCACAGAAGACUCAAACUGUUCAUAACGCAUGGCGGAAACAAUGGUCAGAACGAGGCCGUCUAUCACGGUGUCCCGAUGCUCGUCAUUCCGCUAUUCAUUGACCAAUACUACAACGCAAUGCGCGUGGAGCAGCAUACGUACGGAAAACAAGUCUCCGAUGUGACGACAAUAACUUCUGAUGAACUCUACCAAAUGAUGAAGGAACUCAUUAUCAACAAAACGUACGCACGAAACAUUAAAAAAUGUUCUGAGAUUAUUCGAAGUAUGCCGCCGGCUACAGAGAAGUUUGUGUUUUGGGUAAACCAUGUAUUGAGAUUCGGAGGUGCCCAUCUCCGACCGCCCAGCCUUGAUAUGCCCCUGUAUCAAGUACUGAUGCUGGAUGUCUUUGCAUACUACAUCAUCUUUUAUCUUGUUGUCUUCCAUGUCAUGAUGUUCAGUCUGUAUUUUCUAGUCAAGUACACCUGGACGUAUUUCAAAUUAUGUAAGAAGGAGAAGAACGCGUAA